AGACCAGAUGUGCUAACUACAGGAGGUGGCCAUCCCGUUGGGGACAAGCUCAACCUGCAGACUGCGGGGCCGAGGGGCCCUCUGCUCGUGCAGGAUGUGGUCUUCACCGAUGAGAUGGCCCACUUCGACCGGGAGCGAAUCCCAGAGAGAGUGGUUCACGCUAAAGGCGCAGGCGCGUUCGGCUACUUUGAGGUCACUCACGACAUCACCCGCUACUGCAGGGCCAAGGUGUUUGAACACGUUGGGAAAACGACUCCCAUCGCCGUCCGUUUCUCCACUGUGGCUGGGGAGUCUGGAUCGGCCGACACCGUCCGAGACCCCCGAGGCUUCGCUGUAAAGUUUUACACCGAGGAGGGGAACUGGGACCUGACGGGCAACAACACCCCCAUCUUCUUCAUCAGGGAUGCGAUGCUUUUUCCGUCCUUCAUUCAUUCCCAGAAGCGUAACCCUCAAACCCAYAUGAAGGAUCCUGACAUGGUGUGGGACUUCUGGAGCCUGAGGCCCGAGAAUCUGCAUCAGGUAUCCGCUGAUAUUCAACCUUUAGCACUUUUA